UAAAACUCACGGCGCAUGGCACCCUGAAACAUCAGGACGAACCGAAUCAUCACGAGACGAGAGGCUUCGACCCAAACUUUCUCGCGCCACCAAACCAACCAGGUGCUACGUCGUCGCAGGGGCAGCAGAGCCACCGCCAGCACCCGGCUCCCGCCAUGGCGAAGCGCGCCGGGGGGUUCCACCUCCCGAACGCCGAGCAGGAGAACUCGCUCCUCCUCCGCGCGCUCAUCUCCGUUGUGUCAGGGGACAACGCCGUGCCCGCGCUGCUCCCGGAGGAGGCGGAGGCACCAGUCGUCGAAGCUCCCGCGCCGUGCACCUGCACCACAUGCGGCGCGAACGGGUGCGCCGCCGGCGGCUGCGAGCUCCUCGCCGUGACGGGGAUCGGGUCGAGCAGCGACAGCGACGAUGGAGGGGAGUGCUCCGCUUCCGCCAGCCGUGCCGCCAUCACCGGGGGUGUGGGCAAGCUGCGGCGGCGGCAGAGGGGGAGGGUGAGUAAGUACCGCGGCGUGCGCCGGCGGCCGUGGGGCAAGUGGGCGGCGGAGAUCCGUGACCCACAUCGCGCCGUGCGCAAGUGGCUCGGCACCUUCGACACCGCCGAGGACGCCGCACGUGCCUACGACAUCGCUGCCAUCGAGUUCCGGGGCCGCCGCGCCAAGCUCAACUUCCCCGCCGACGUGACCCCCGCGCCCGCACCUUCCUGGGCGCCGACCUCGACGUACCACCACCACCUUCCGCAGCCGCUGCCCGAGAGCCUACAUGAGACCUGCAGGUCGAACGCGUCCUCGCCAGUGCAAGUGGCUCUUGUGGCAGCGGCGCCGGCUGGGCAGCACGGCGCGAGGCUGGUGCCGAAGGAGCGGGACAUCUGGGACGGGUUGAACGAGAUCAUGAUGAUGGAUGACGGCAGCUUCUGGUCGUCCAUGCCAUGAUCACCACAUUCCCCUCUUCUUUUCACUUUCACGAGAUUCCUUAAUUUUCGUUGUGAUUAAAAAACAGUUUGAUUGAGAAAGAAACCAGAGCUGCUAGAUCCUAUAUAUAUAUAUAUAUAAAGUGAGUUUUCGUUA